UUCCCAUGCUCCUCACCUUGUGCUUUUGAGAGGAGCGGUUCUCGCCCUAUGUCGCUGAAAGAGAAGGGCCCGAUCCACACCUUGGCGCCCGUGGGCGCGACGGUGGUCGUCUCCGCGCUGCUGCUGCGGCGCUGGUGGCGUUCCAGGAAAGAGCCGCCCAGUUUUCAAAUGGGGAUCCCUGUGCUUGGUCCCAUCAUCCAAUUUUUGAAAGACCCCAUGGAGCUCAUGAGGUUGGGCUACAAGAAGAUGGGCGGCAUCUUCAAGGUGAACUUUUUGGCGAUGGAUAUGGUCUAUUUGGUCGGAUCUGAAGGACAAGAAUGGUUCUUCACCUCCGACAAGUACUUGGAUCAGGCGAACAUGUACAAAUUCACUGUGCCGAUCUUCGGCCCCAAGGUCUUGUAUGACGUGGAUUACAGCACCCGGACGUGUCAGCUUCGCUUCAUCCGGGAGCGACUCACUGAUAGCUACAUCCGUUCUUAUACCAGCACCUUGGAAGAGGAGGUUGUGCAAUUUUUUGAUGAGUGCUGGGGUGACAGUGGCACUGUUUGCAUUCGCGAAUCGAUGCAGGAGCUCCUCACCCGCACUAGCAUUCGAUGCCUCAUGGGCCACGAGCUGCGCAUUGCGAUGACCUCCAAGAAGCCCGAGGAUCGGAGCAUUGUGGAAAUGCUCCAUAUCCUCGAGAAAGGCAUGCUGCCGAUGUCGGUCUUCUGGCCCAAUGCGCCAAUCCAGAGACAUCGCGAGCGCGAUCAGGCUCGGCGUGAGAUCCACGAGAUGAUCAAACCGAUCUUGGAUCAGCGAAGAAAGAAAGCGGACAAGACGGAGAAGGAUUUCAUGCAAUCCGUCCUGAACUCCACCUACCCCGACGGCCGGCCGAUCACCGAUGAGGAGAUCGUCGGCUUUUUGAUCGCCGCCUUCUUCGGCGGAAUGCACAACAGCGCGAUCACCACAUCCUGGUCGACGCUGGAGCUUUUCUCGCGACCCGAGCUGGUACAGGAGCUGCUGGAAGAGCAGCGCGCAGCGUUGGGCAGCGAUGAUGCGCCCUUCACCUUUGAUGCCUACGAGAAGAUGAAGAAGCUGCGCGCGGCCGUGAGCGAAGUCUUGCGAAUGCAUGCGCCACUCUUCCUGUUGAUGCGAACCGUCGAGCAAGACGUGGAGUUCAAGGGCUACACCAUCCGCCACGGCAGCGUGGUCGCUUGCUCACCCAACGUGAGCCAAAUGAUGGAUGAUGUGUACCCCAAGGCCGAGACCUUCGAUCCGAAGCGUUUCAUCGACGGGAUCAAGGACGAGUUUUCCUUCAUCUCCUUCGGCGGCGGGCGACGGGUAUGCAAAGGCCAGGAGUUCGGGUACCUGCAGGUGCAAUGUGCCAUCUCGCACAUGCUGCGGCACUACGACAUCGACUGCAUCGAUGGUGUGCCUUCGCCCACCAUUGCUCAAGAUGGCAUGGUCAUUGCGCCGACGCAGCCCUCAAGAGUGUCGUACAAGCGCAAGAGUUCGGUCAAGAAAUGACAUCAACAUCGUUCUGUCUCUUGAUGUGUUGAGCUGCUGACCGGCCACGCACCGUUUUCCAUCCCAAAUUCGAUCUGUGCAAGACUUUCAA